ACCCAGCACCUAAAAAGCAAAUCACUCAAGAAGUCAAACAAGCGUCGCUUUGAAACAGAGAUGGCUUCCAAGGUGAGGAGGUUCUUCUGCACGAACGAUGCCGCCUCCUCCGCCGAAUCUCAUCCCAUCACGCUUCUCUCAGGUCCUCCUUCCUGUGGGAAGACUUCCUUGCUGUUCCAGUUCGCUUACAACCGGGCGUUGCGGAGCAAUUCCGACGAUGUUCCUGCCGUUGUUUUCGUAUGCAACCGUCGGAGAUUGGAAGCUAAACCCCCUUAUCUCUCUCAGGGCAUUGACCCGUCGUGUGGCGUGUUUCGGCGUAUACAAAUGAAAUAUGUGGAGGAUGAUGAAGCGGUUAAGAAGUAUUUUGCGGCGUUUCACCUGCACGAGUCGUUUCCAGCUGCUGUGAUCGUCGAUGAUUUCGGGGAACUGUUUGAUGAGAGGAAUUGCCGAGAGAAAUAUGCUAAUCCUCGAGGGCGAGACCUUGCAAUGGUCCGAACUUUGUCUUUGUGUUACAAUGCCAUAAUGCACGCUAGCAAGAAAAGUCGGUGCGAGAUUCUGCUGGCUGAUACACACCAUGGAGACUCCCCAAGGUUGUUAUAUAUCUAUAAGAGAUGGGUUUCAUCUAUUGUCACAAUAAAAGGAGACCGCUGCGGGUCGUUUCUUCUCAACAGCAGUAGCAAAACACAAAAUGGCAACUCCAUUAGAAGAGAAACUGCAAAGUACUCUAUAGCUCUUCAGUAUUUGUUCCUAGAGGCAAUAGAUGAUGACUCUGAGCAGUGAUAUUUCCUUCAUUCUUCUCAACUGAAUAUAAUUUUGUUGGCUUGUAGCUGUUGAUGAAAGUUAUGAUCAAUUCAAAACAUUAGUGGGGUUUUUUCUUA